AAGAAUUUCAGGCAAAGUUGACCCGCUGCCAUUAAACGCAAGCCAAGGCAAAUAUUAUAAUGCAUAGCAGCAGGAUAUGUUGACAUUUGCCACAAUUUACGUACACACUGAACACAACGCACGCGGAGUGAUUGGCUGCGGGGGGACAAAAGCGGCUUUACCUGCCAGGUGGAGCCGAGGAGAGACAGACAGCGCGAGGGGCAGGGAGAAAAGAAGCGGGGCGAGAAAAAGUCGACUUACCUGUAGCCCAACUUCUGGCAACGCACUUUCCCCGUUACCUGCUCCGACUUGAAAGUCCAGUUUCACAAGGAAGAAUCGGAGAGGAAGCGAAAUAUGUCACAGGAGACAGACAACAAGCGUCUGGUGGUGGUGGUCCCCAAUGAGAACUCCUUCCCCGCAGUGCGGCGAGCCUACACCAGCGAGGACGAAGCAUGGCGCUCGUACCUGGAGAACCCGCUGACGGCCGCCACCAAGGCCAUGAUGAGCAUCAACGGCGAUGAGGACAGCGCCAACGCCCUGGGGCUGCUCUACGACUACUACAAGGUCUCCACAUCACAGGCAUCUGGAGGAAAUACUGAUCGGACGCUCACGGAUGAGGUUCCCAAAGAAAAGAGGCUGCCCGUUCCUAAAGCUAUUGAAACUGCAGAGGACCAGGAGAAGAGGUCGACGUUGCCUAGCAACCAAAGCGAGGCGGAGACGGUGGAUAACCACGUCCAGGUCCUCAAGUCCGUCCCCGUCAACCUGUCGCUGAACACGGAGCACCAGGACAACAAGCGCGAGCAGUCCGGCGGCUCGGCGGCGGCCGGGGACGAAGGCUCGCCGGCGGCGGCGCCCGUGAAGGCCGAGGUCUACGCGCCCGUCUUCAUGACGGGGACGGGGCUCCACUACAGGGCGGAGGGCGAGGAGCCGGCCCGGGUGGUGUACGAGCAGGGUCCGUACGAGGUGACCACCGUCAGUCACAGCUCGUACGUGAAGGAGGACCAGAGUCCGCCUGACAGCCCGUAUGAGGAGGAGACAGACGGGAGGUACCACACGCCUUCCUCUCUGGCCGCCGACGACUUCUUAUUCCACGAGGAAGGAGUUGACAGCUUCCAGUACACGCUGGACGCCACCCGCUCGCUCCGUCAGAAGCAGGGCGAGGGGCCCAUGACCUACUUGAACAAAGGCCAGUUCUACGCCAUCACGCUCAACGAGCUAAGCGCCAACAGACGCCUCCGUCACCCCAUCAGCAAAGUCCGGAGUGUGAUCAUGGUGGUGUUCAGUGAGGACAAGAACCGGGACGAGCAGCUCAAAUACUGGAACUACUGGCACUCCCGACAGCACACGGCCAAGCAGAGGGUCCUGGACAUCGCCGAUUACAAGGAGAGCUUCAACACAAUCGCCAACAUCGAAGAAAUCGCCUACAACGCCAUCUCCUUCACCUGGGACGUGAAUGAGGAGGCCAAGGUCUUCAUCACGGUCAACUGCCUGAGCACGGACUUCUCCUCUCAGAAGGGGGUGAAGGGUCUGCCCCUCAUGAUCCAGAUCGACACGUACAGCUACAACAACCGCAGCAACAAGCCGCUGCACAGGGCCUACUCCCAGAUCAAGGUGUUCUGUGACAAGGGAGCCGAGAGGAAAAUAAGGGACGAAGAAAGAAAACUUUUCCGCAAGAAAUCAAAAGGUAAAGACGGGGGUGUGGGUGUGAUAACGGUACCAAAAAAGUCCGACACCACCUAUUUCAAGACCAUGACUGACUUGGAGUCGCAGCCCGUGCUCUUCAUCCCCAACGUUCACUUUGGGAACCUGCAGAGGGCAGGACAGGUGAUCUUCAACUCGGAGGAGAUGGAGAGAGAAGGGAGCGUGUUGGUGAAGAGGAUGUUCAGGCCGUCGGACGAAGACCUGUGUCCGUCACCCCACAAACAGAUCCGAGAGGAGUCUCACAAGAGAGUGCUGUUGUACGUCAGAAAGGAGACCGACGAGGUGUUCGACGCCCUGAUGCUGAAGUCUCCCACACUCAGAGGCCUGAUGGAGGCGAUAUCAGAGAAGUACGGCAUGGCCACAGAGCGGAUAGCCAAGGUGUACAAGAAGAGUAAAAAGGGGAUCCUGGUGAACAUGGACAACAACAUCAUCGAGCAUUACUCCAAUGAGGACACCUUCAUCCUGAACAUUGAGAGCUACGCCGACGCCUACAAGAUCACGCUGACGGAGAUCUGAGGGCUCCGUGCGCGGGACGGCCGGAAUCCAAGAGGCUGCUAUGACGCGGCUGACGAGCCGACGGACACUGGAGGCGGCGCCGCUCGGUCGCCGCACUUCACCCCAAACUGUUACACUAUGAAGCGAGACGCGUUUCCUCUGCAGGAGGACGAUGGCGCGUGGGGAUGCAGGACACUGUAGAGAUGAACUGCUUGCAUUUAGCUCUGAACGCUCUGGAGCACAGACGUCCUCCACCUCUGCUGAACAUUUGUAUUGUAUAAAAGAAAACUCACUUGUAUUCUGCUUCUGUAUAGUCUGUUAUAUUAGUGUUGUGAAAUGCUGAUGUGCUGUAUGUAGCCACAGCUUGAAGUAGAAACGUACCUAGUUACUUAGCAGCUUCUUUGCAUGCGCCCGUUUUUUCUAGUUGUUAUUUAUUAAUUCUUAUUAAUGAUAUUGGUUUGUAUUAACUCAAGGAUUUCAAAUACUUUACAUUUCAGUGACUUCUUCUCGUAGUCACCCUCUUUAUGACCUCAACAUGUUUUUAGAUGGUUCUCUUUUUAAAAAAAAAAAAAAAAAAAAAAAGCAUUUCAACAAAUUGCCCAAAGUCCUGAUAUGAUAAAAAAGGCAAACAGCUUGAGAGGGUUGAGAAAUGGCACUUGGUUGUUGUGUGUGAUAUAAAAAAAAUAAAGACAUGAACACAGAAAUGA